AUGACAGUUGGUUUUGGUGGUGAGGAACAAUUAGAUGUGCCAAUGGAAGCAGUGCUGUCUAAGGAAUGGAACCUCGUGUCUCCGUACAUGAACACACCUCUUAACGGGGAUGCAAAAUUGUGUUUAGAACGGCGGAAGAACUACCUCGAGCCGGGUAUUAAGAAAGGAACUCUCACUGAGGAAGAGCAGUGCCUUGUUAUUAGCCUUCUAUCAACGCACGGAAACAAAUGGAAGAAAAUCGCUGCACGAGUCCCCAGUCGCACUGCUAAGAGAUUAGAGAAACUAGUGAAAGAGAGACCGUCGCCUUCAUUUGUCAUGGCUGCUUCCAACAGUUCUUAUCUUCAUACCAAUGCACAAGCAGCAACAGUUCUUGUCUUCAUACCAAUGCACAAGCAGCAAGAGUUCUUAUCUUCAUGGCUGCUUCCUUCAUGGCUUUCAAAUUCCAACAAUACAUCACCUUUUUUUUUUUGA